AUGACUCAGAUGGCAGGUGCAGGGCCGGGCUUUCUCAUUGCCAUGAAUCGGUGUCAGAACGGGCGUCAGCUCCUGGAGCUGCUCGAUGAGCUGGGCUACGUCGAUGCGGGCGAUGCCAUCCUGGAUGCCAUCCGCGAAGCCGGGCUGGAGAGCAAGGUCAAUCUUGGCAAGAAGUGCAAUGGGCUCAUGGAGAUCUCCGACGAGGUGGUGCUGGAUCUGGGGGCGGACGAUCUCAGCAAUGUGCUCUGCAAGCUCCGGGCUAGGGACGGCUUCACGGAUGCGGAGAUGCGAGAACUGAAGGAAGCAUUCCGCAUGCAGAUGUCUGGCAUGUGCGAGGAGAUAUCCAGUCCAGCAAUUCAGAAGGCCCUGCGCUGGCUGGGACAUUCCUAUGCCUUCGAGGUGGUGCAGCACUUCGUGGGGGAGCUGGAUGUGGACUUUGACGGGCGCCUGGACUUCACCCUCUUCGUGAAGCUGAUCCGUAAAUGCCGGGAUCUCGAACGGCGAGCAGCCUCAGCUGCAUUCCAUAGGCUCGACGUCGCAGCGCUGGGGGUCUUGGACGACGCGAAGCAGUGCCAAGCCUUUGCGAGCCUUGGUUGCCUGGACUCGCGGGGGAAUCCACCUCCGCGGUCCCUGAGCGAGUGCUCCGCUGCAGACCUGCCCACGUUCCUCAACAUCGUCCAGCGAUACAAGUUUAGCACCUCUCGUCUUCACGAGCUGCGGCUCAAUGCUGGGUACUCUGAGCCUGAGCUCGCUGCGCUCCGCACACACUUCUUGCGCUUUGACAAGGAUGGGAACGGCGUGUUGCGGCGAUCCGAACUGGUCCAGCUGAUUGAGGUGCUGUUCCCGAGGCAUGCGAGUUUGCCUGAGUUCCGGCCGUACUUUAUGCAGCUGCUGGGUUAUGCGGAUGCGGACAAAAGCGACUCCCUCGACUUCACGGAGUUUGUGCGUAUGAUCCGGAAGAUCAGCGACCACGAAGAGGAGCACAAGUAUGAGUCCUUCAACAAGACUCUCAGCCAACUUCGCUUCUCUGCGAAGGAAGCUGCAGAGUUCCGCGGGCUCUUCCUUCAAGCAGACCAGAGCGGCACGUGCAUGCUAUCCUUCGCCGACGUCAAAGCCAUGAUUGCUGGGUGCUGCAUCCUAGAUGUGGAGCAAUCCCAGAAACUACUCGGUUUCUGCCGGUCCGCCGUGGAGAAUUCAAACGACCUCACCUCUGGUCUGGAGCAGGUGAAUUUCCUUGCGUUUCUGCAUAUCAUGCGGGACGUCAUUGAUGCAGGUUGGGUGCACACCAUCAUCUGA